AUGUUUAUGUUAAUCGCGACAUUCGCUUUUAUAUCGGUGUGCCAAGCAAUAUUCCCAUUACACCACCACCAUCAUAUCCCCGCUGCAGUAUCCCACCAGCAUAUAGAGAAGCAUGAUGGGCCCCAUCAUCCCGUAACCAUCCAUCAUACGGUGCCAAUUCAUCACCAUAUACCGCUCGAACAUCACCAUGUUCCAAUACAUCAUGUACCCCAUAUUCCACAUGUACCGGUUCAUCAUGACCAUUAUGCGUUUCCUCACUACAACUUCGCGUAUUCAGUCCACGAUCACCACACGGGCGAUGUGAAGUCUCAGCAUGAAUUUCGUCACGGAGAUUUAGUGGAAGGGGCCUAUGAGCUAGUGGAACCGGAUGGCAGGAUCAGGAAAGUGGAAUACAAGGCUGAUGAUCAUACAGGAUUCAACGCUAUUGUGCACCACUCGUCACCCCAUCACCAUUUCCAUUUACAGCAUCAUCAUAUUUAA